GAGAAGACCAUCCCCCUCGAGAGAGAAAAGACAAUUCCAUGGCGUCCAACGACCUCUUCGAAGGCCUGCCUCCGCCAGCCACCGCCGCGGCGGCGGCCGCCGGCGAAGACCGUGCGGCCUCCCCAACGUCGCCUCCGCCUCCUCCUGCGCCGCCGGUGCCCAGGCCUUCCGCGCUGAAGAGCGCCCUCAAGCGUGACAAGCCCUCUUCCUCGUCGGACGCUACCUCCUCACCCGCCGUCACAGCCGCACCCGCCGAUGCCGCAGACGAAGGCCGCGUUCCUGAGAAACGCCUACGAUUCAGAACUACUGUGGAUGCAUCAGAAAUGCAAAUCAUUGAAGCUAUGCAGAAGAUAACUUCACACAUUGGGAAUCCUUCAAAAUUCAGCAAGGCAUCAAAGCUAGCUCUACAGCUUAUUGAGGCUGGAAGUGUCAAGCCAGAGACAAUCGGACACUUCUUUGCUAUAUUAGAGGCCGCAAUGUCAAAACCGGGAGCCUGUAAUGAACCUUCUGUACGUGCUGAUUACCAGGCAUUGUUUAAUGCUGCUCAGGGUGUAAGGGAGUGUUUCAACCAACAGCAGAAGAAUCACUUUGAUAUAUGGGUGUUUCACGCGGUGGUGGCUAAUGAUCUUUGUACUGAUGACAGUUUUGUUUUCUCAAAGGCUGUAGGAAAGAUCAAGGAUGCCAUCUCAGCCCUGCCAGUAGCGACAAUGGAUGACGAUACUGAUGAAGCAGCAGCACUUUCAGUUGCUGAAAGCCAAUCCGGCACCAUGGAGAAUAAAGCAGAUGAUAAUAAGGUGCAAAGUGUGGUUUCAACCUCUCUGCCAGAUGAUAGCAGCACACAUGCUGCAGCGUUCAACUCAGUAGAAGAAUCAUCUGAUCCUUUUGGUCUAGAUGAUCUCCUUGAGCACAAGUCGAAGAAAUCCGAGAGGGCUCGAGAGAAGGCGGUUGAAGCUCUGAACAGGAAAGCAGACGAGGAGUCAAAGAGUUUUCUGAGGUCACAGCGGGAAGCCCUCUUGAAAUGUCUAGAAAUAGCUGCACGGCGCUACAGGAUACCAUGGACGCAGACCACCAUCGACAUCCUUGGCAGGCACGCGUACGACAACACGGGCCGGUUCACGAGGCGUCAGAGGGACGCCGUGGAGAAGCUGUGGAACUCGAUCAAGGAGCAGCAGAUCCGGCGGAAGCAGGGCAAGUCGGCAAGCGGGAAGCUGGACGUGAACGCCUUCGAGCGCCUCCAGGAGAAGUACUCCCAUGAGAAGAUCAGCAUCCGCCGCGCCGUUGGUGGCGCGGGCGACCGUCGAGCGACGCAGUGGCUCGGGUAAGUUGGCAUGCCACCCCCACGAACCACGGUAUGACGGCGACGACUCAUUGUUCGUCCACCUGGAGAGAUAGAGAAAACCGGACUGUUCUGCCACCUUCCUGGAGAGGACAACUUAUUUUCCACAACGACGGCAUUCACCUGAAGUCUUCUUGGCUGGCGUCCACGCAUUCAUGUGAGUGGUUGACUGAUGAAGACGAUGCAACGGCAAGCGUGUGGUUUAUACGUUGACAUUGGCAUUCCUGUAUGAUCUCCAUUCGUGUGAUCUCACCUGGCUCGCAAUCUUUUGCACGGAGUUCUUGGGUGCCCGUGCGUGCGUGCGUGCGUGCGUGCGACUUUGCUGUGUGAAUGCGGUUGGUGUUUUUGGUUGCUGCUGACUGAGAUAAUACUAGUAAUAAAUGUUGCGUGUUCUCGUCU